UUUUUAAAAAUGAAAGCAACUUUCUAGUUCUGACUGAUGAAUUUUAAAUAAUGUCUGUGGGCUGUGAGAUGAAUCAAAUAGCAAAGGUGAAUGCCUUUCCUCCCCUGGAGACCAGUGGGAAGAAAGAAUAGACUUCCAAACUCUCCUCUGGCCCAUCAUGGUUGGGUUUAGCAUACCAGCAGAAGAAUGGAAUGCAGACUCUAUCAUGUCUCUUUCUUCGGACUUUUAUUACUUCUCCUCGUCACACUCAUCAGAAGCAGAAACAAGGAGCUCCAUGUCAGUCUCCAGUGGAACAACGUGGUGGAGAAGUAGAAAGAGAGAAGGAAAGAGAAGCAGAGAUACUGUCAUUAUAAAUGCUCUCUAUAACUAUAGGACAAUUUAAAAAACAGGUCCAUAUAUGGCAGGACAUUUAUAAAUACCCCUAAAGCCACUUUGCUAUACCUUCCUUCUUCACACUUUGUUUAUGGAGUGCUCUCUAUCUCUGACAGGGCUGUGCAAAAUUUUCUUGUAAGGGUUUGAUAGUACUUUAGAUUUUGGGCUUAAAAGGCAAAAUUUAAAUGACUCAUAUUAAAAAUAAUUUAAAAUGUAAUAUUUAAACAAAUACAGUCACGGGGUUUCAGCGGGCUGGGUUUGGCCUGUGGGUAGCAGCUUGCCAACUUCUGAUCUAAUUUUUGCUCUCAUUUACAUCUUAGUUUUUGCUAACCAAUUUUAGUGUCAAGUUAAAAAUCAUACCACUUCCUCCUGACCUCUCACACUAGGAGUCUGAGCUGAGAUGGGAAGCCAGUUUAAGCCAGUGGCUGAAGUGACACGUUGAACUUUGACAAGAUGUUGGGCUGACAUUCCAGAGUUCAAUGAUCCUGCCAACAAGCUUAACUCUGAGGAGGAACUGUGCUUUGCUACUGUGUUUCCAUCAGAAACUGCCCUCUUCUCCGCCUUCUCCUAUCUUUGCUUAUCUUCAGUUUAGUUUCAUUGUCUGCUAGUGAGAGUGGCCGCCCACUCAGGAAACAGAUACUAAUUUGCUACUCUACCCUUUAUGUAGCAAGCCUAGGGAGGUAUUCUGCUCCACCGGUUUUGAUCUCACACCCAUUCUUUGAUAAAUAUGCAUGGUUUGUGGACUAAUGGACUGAAAGAUAAGAUUAGUGAAAACCCAGUUUAGGACUGGAAUGUUUCCUUUAGGGGAAGAGACAGUUCCUAAAGGAGCAUGAAUCUGUACUGAUCCAUAGGAUGAAACGCGAAAAGUCGCUCAUUUCAGAGAAACACAAAUGUCAGAAUUAUAGACCAGUGAGUGGCAUGCUGGAAGGGGAAGCCCAUACAAGUCUCUGUCACAAUCCCUCCACCCCCGAAACUGAACAUCCGAUCUGGUAGACAUUUAUAGUUUUUUGUUGAUUGAGUGACUCAGUUCUCCCUGCUGGUUGUGAAUAUUCCGUUUCCAGAAGGGCCCAGAAUUUAAUUCAGUGUCUUGUAUUCUGGUUUCUUUAAAAACAAAAAAACAAAACAAAAAAAGAAAUAUAAAGCACACACACACACACACACACACACACACACACACACACACAUGUAUGUAUGUAUGUAUGUAUGUAUGUAUGUAUGUAUGUAUGUUUGUAAGUAUGUAUGUAUAUGCCCACUAAUCCCAGAUAUAAGGAUUUGUGGUGCCUGGCACUCAAUAAGCACUUUACACAAGUCUUAAAUCUCAGAGUGGAGCGCAGAUAGGCUCUGUCCCGGCGGCGCCUAGCUGGCAGGUGCAGCCUUGGGGUCCCGGCCUUCAGGCCGCAGAGCUGUGGCCUGGGCUGGGCGCGGCAGGCACAUAGGCGAGGGGAGGCGGUCUGGCUCGCACGCCUCUGCGUGCGGUGCAGCCUUGCAGCCCCCGCCCCCCGCCGCCGCCGCCGCCGCCUUUCUGGCACCUCUCUCCCUCCGUACUGGACUCCGGUGCAUUUCCGGCCCGGGAGAGUCCGGCGUCCACCCGGGCCAGCCCGCGGGGUGGGCGUGCGCCGUGAUCUCCGCGCGCCCGAGGCCCAGCGGCCGCCAUGGCCGACGUGAGUGUAGAUCAGUCCAAGUUGCCGGGCGUGAAGGAAGUGUGUAGAGAUUUUGCCGUCCUGGAGGACCACACCCUGGCCCAUAGCCUGCAGGAACAAGAGAUUGAGCAUCAUUUGGCAUCCAACAUUCAGCGGAACCGUCUGGUACAACAUGAUCUGCAGGUUGCUAAGCAGCUCCAAGAGGAAGACCUCAAAGCCCAAGCUCAGCUCCAGAAGCGCUACAAAGCCCUUGAACAACAUGAUUGUGAAAUUGCUCAGGAAAUCCAGGAGAAGCUAACCAUUGAGGCUGAGAGACGACGCAUUCAGGAAAAGAAGGAUGAGGACAUAGCACGUCUUUUGCAAGAGAAGGAGCUACAGGAGGAGAAAAGGAGGAAGAAACACACUCCAGAGUUUUCUGGGGGCAGUGUUUUUGGAGAUAACUACUAUCAUGAGGAUGGAGACCAGUCAAGGUCAAGGAGGGACAGGGAACUGGGUUCUGGACACUCAAAGUUUUGUAGACUCCAAAACGAUGGGAAGACUGUAAGGCAGAAGGAGAAACCAAGGCAUCAACAGAAGAACUUGGAAGAUCUGGAAGAACACCACCCAUCAGAGAGGUCCCUGCCUUCUGCUAGCUGGGGCAGAGGGAGGGAUGGUGCCCAGACUGCCUGUGAGCAGCAGGAAAGAAAGCGAUCUGGUCAGGAGAGGCUCUGGAAAUCUCCACUUCCGAAGAUCCGCGGGGAGGUAUUUCUGAGCAUUGACUCUGAAGACUGGGAAGCUGACUGGAGCUCUGGAACCCGGAGUCCAGAAAAGCAGUCUCAUCACCAUGGCAGACUUUCACCCAAGUCUUCACAGAAAACAGGACUUCCCUGUAAGGAAAUUGUAUAUGGGCGGGACCUUGGGCAAGGUGACCACAGAGAAAGGAGACAUAGGCCCAGGACUUCUCCCUUCUCAGAAGAUAAAGAACUUCGCCACCACCAUGUUGCAGGAAUGAAACCAAGAGGAAUAAAAGAAGCUGUCUCUACUCCAGCACGAGCAAGCCACAGGGACCAGGAGUGGUAUGAUGCUGAAAUUGCCAGGAAAUUGCAAGAAGAAGAACUUUUGGCUACUCAUGUGGACAUGAGAGCAGCUCAGGUUGCCCAGGAUGAGGAAAUUGCUCGACUUCUAAUGGCUGAAGAAAAAAAAGCUUACAAGAAAGCCAAAGAGCGAGAAAAGUCAUCUUUGGACAAAAGGAAACAUGACCCUGAAUGCAAGUUAAAAGCAAAGUCAGCCCACUCAAAGUCAAAAGAGGGUGAUGAAGCACACCGCUCCAAGAUUGACAGGCCAUCAAGACCACCACCACCUACCAUGAUGGGCCUUGAGGACACAGAUCCCACCCAUUUUACAAACCAGCACAGUACAACAUGGCAUCUUCCAAAGUCAGAGUCCUCACAGAAAGGCUUCCAUAACAAGCAGUAAAAUAAUACAAACAAAAAGGGAUCGGCCUCGAAAAUGGACUUCGUAUAGCACAUAUUACUUCUUAUAGCACAUAUUACUGAAAGAUACAACAUGCAUUCCACGUUGGCUGUUGUCCUUCUGUGUGCCAUUCUGGGAGUUGCUCUCAAGUGUUUUCUUAACUAAAAAAGUACUUCACUUCAUUUUAAACUUUUGGUAAUUUUGGUCACUUUGGCCGUGUAAGAAAUGUAGCAUCUGAACAUUGGCCGUCUCUUCUGUGGAUAUGUUUCCUGGGAUGUAGUAAUUCUAUAAAAUUAUUACACAGUUGCUAGUCAUAGGAUAUUGGCGUCUAGGGAACUGAGUUUCUUUAGCAAUUAGAAGUGCACAGGGAUUCAUUAUGAAGUCAAGCAUAGCGUUUGGAUGGAUGAGGUGUAGGAAAGCUGUGGAGCAGCUGCUUUGCUGUUUAUUAUGAUAGUUUGAAAGAUACAGCCUUUGCUUUUUUAUCCUUUUCAGAAAAAGAAAAGCCACAACAAUAAAGUACAGGAAAACACACAGAGCAGUGAAGUGUGUUCCUCUGAAUAAAUGGAUGGGUAGAGGCUCUAGAUGGCCUUGUAACCCUCACUCGUUAUCGUGUACUGCUGUUUCCUCAGGACCAGGUCUUUUUGAUGCCCUUAGGCAAUGAAUCAUGUGUUAAUAUUAAUUUGUAUAGACUUUAAUUGUCUGAUACUUUCUCUCAGGUCCAUGAGGCGUCAACUCAAAAUUAAAGAACAAACAGCCUUCCAUUGCCUUGCUUUUCUAAGUUAAUUAUAGAGCCAAAGGAAUAGAACAGUUUCCAUAGGACUUGGUACCAUCCGCCCAACUAGCUGUGCACAUCCAGCCUCCUGCUCCCAGGAUAUAGCAGUUUUUGUUGGCAACCUUGCAGUGAUGUUUUAUGCACCUGCAAUAUUAGAUUAGUUCAGUGUGAAGUUGAACGUGAUGAAGUGAGUCACUAUCCAGGUGUAUACAUCUAAGCUGAUGGUCAUUGUAUUCCUCUCUGUAAGACCUUUAAGCUCCUCUAUAAAACUUUGUGUAUUCAUCCAUACCACUUACUCAAUAUCAAUGGCAGCUAUGCUGAACCUAUAUAUGAUUGCCAUUUUCCCAGCUUGACUUCCUGUUCUUUUCAAUGUGUGGGUCUGACAUUUUCUGUCAUGUCAGUAUGCUGUUUAUUUAGAAAAGAAGAAAACAAGGUUGCUGAAAGAAAUAAUUUAAGGACUGCCUGCCUUCCAUUUGCCUUGUCUUUCCAAACUGUCUUAAACUUGUGGAGGGUUCUGGAAGGCUGCUCCCAACAGAUUUUGAUCUCUGAUUUUGAGAACAGUCUUUUGUUUCAUAAAAUGACACCCGAUAGAAAUUUGAAUGAAAAGUGGCUAAGAGUGAUGCUGUGGGAGCAAAUGCAAGGGAGUGAACUGCAGGCCUGCGUGUCAGCCAGCAGAUCCAUGCAGGAGAUCCUCCUUCUGCGAAGGAGGCAAAGGGAAAGCCCCGCCUUAAGCCAGAGUCUACACAGUGCUUUCCUCCCAGCUUAGUGUAAUGCUAUAUCUUUCAUUAUCUGCCCUGUGAUCUUACUUCAUGUUUUUAAAAGAUAUUUUGAAAGGGUAACUUUAAAGAAAAAAAAUAUAGUUGCAUUUUUAUUUGCUAAUUAGGCAAAGCAGGCAACAUCUUCUGCCAUAUUUUUGUUUUUAUAAAUAUUUAUUUUUCUAUCUCAUGAAAUGAUCACUUUUAACUUUAAAAACUGUAUUUCUUUUGUUUUGCAUGAACUUCACUUAAUCAUAUUUAUUACUGUAAAAUGUACAUGUUUUAGUUUAAAAAAUGCCAAGCCACUUAACCAGAAUGCUGCAGUCUUACCUGUCGCCGUGGAUGGCCAGAGGCAGUGCAACCUGUGUGAUGGCUAGCUCAACAUCAGUAUUGGAAAUUUUGUUACAUUUUAAGUUCUUUUUAAAGUCUACAGUUUUAAAAUAUUUUGUUUGUCUUAUUUUACUUUUGUAAAGUGAACAGUUUUUUUAAGAGUACCAGUAAUUAUUAUGAGUAAGAAGAUAGAAAAAUAUUCUUAUUUAUUCUUACUUAGAAUUUUUUCUAUCAGUCAAAUAAUAUAUCUUUGAGAUGAUUGAAACAACUAACAGCUCUUACUGAACUGCCAGUCUUCACUGUGGUCUCUGCUUUUUAAUUUUUAUAUUGAAAUGAAAGCAUUUAUUUUGUUCCUGUUAUUGAGCACAUGCAAUUUAACUUAUGAGGUCCACACAGUGUUAUGUCUUGCUGUCAACAUAAGAGUAAUCCUUCUAGCUUUGGGAAAUCUUUUUGUUUCUCAACUGUUUUUCUCUGCAGGCCAUGUGCUGUUAACAGCAGCAUUCCUGGAUGAGCACACUAUGUUAAGGAGCCUCAUUAUGAGACUGGUGUGUCACUCUCUCAUUUCCAUCCUAGAAAAGGGGCUAGAUAAAAGUCAGAUUAAAUAUGCUGACCUGAAAGAAAAUUAAUUCCAGUAUUCAAGCUACUGUUAGUCAUAAUUGCCUUAUUGGGAGAAUAGAAAAAUGCUUCUUUUGUGCUCAAAGAAUAUUGAGAUUUUUUGCAAAUGGCUUUGCAUGCCAUUGAAAUGCUAUGGGGUCAAGUGACUUUAUGACAAAUGGCAGUUGGUAAUGAACUCAAAACCAAACUAUGUAUUUCUGAUCUUGAGAAACAUCUAAAUUAGGAAGAGAGGUAUGCAUAAAAAUGUGCCCAAAGAAAACUCUUCACAGUGGCCUGGGUCACUACACCUAGGCAGCAGUCUAAAGUAUGUGACCUGUGGUCCACUGGAUGCUUUAAUACUAUCAGAGCUUCUCUUAAGUCACUUUGUGCCAAAUUUAAAACAAAAACAAAGACAAAAAACAUAUUGUAAUAUGGUGCAUUCUGUUUACCACAUAAGUGGUUAACAUUUUACAGCCUUGACUUAUAAUAUGAGUAAUGCCUUUGUAUAAAUCUCACUUUGGGAAACAUGAAAAUGUUACUCUCCUUUAAAAGGUAACUUCUAAUUGGCUGAGAGCAUCAGCCUAUUGAAGAGAUGAGGCCCAUGUAGAAAUAACUCGAAGGCCUGAGAUAGAAUAGAGCGUGCAGUAAAUGGCUACUUCCAUUUGGGGAGGGUGGUGUUUGUGGAAGGAGCGCUGACAUUGAAGUCACACUGACAAGGAGACAUUGUUCCCUUUGAUUUCACUGUGAACUCCGUGCCAUGUUCUCAUAGGACACUUGUACAAAACAGUCCCUACAACAUUGAAAACCCGACCUUUGAUUUAUAGAAGUCUGUAAUGUGUCUGUCAUAUGCUGUUUAUGACUCGGUCACUCAUUCUCUCUUCCUAUCUCACAAUCAGAGAAGUGACCCAGGAGAGUCAGCUCCUCUCUCUCUCUCUCUCUCUCUCUCUCUCUCUCUCUCUCUCUCUCUCUGUCUCUGUCUCUGUCUCUGUCUGUCUGUCUGUCUAUCGGUGCCUGUAUGCUGUAGAGCCAUAUCUGUAUCUGACUGGUGACUGAUGCUUCCUUCUUCCCACCCUGUAACAAGGCAGUGCAGGCAGACAGAAGCCUCCUGUGGAGUACCCUGUCCACGCUGCAUGCAACAGUAUUAGCUGAAUAUGUGCUGGGAGGUUUGUUUGUUUGGUUAGUUUUUAUCAUGGUGAUAUGUAAGAUAAUUAAAGGGAAGAGUUAAAGGCUUUGUUGCGUCUGCUAUAACUCAUCAGAAAUGCUCAAAUUUCAUCGUAGCGUCUCCAAGAAGGUAGAGAGCUUGGAAAACAUUAGUUAUAGUCACCUUUCUGAUGAGCCCUGCACUUUAUGUCAGCAAUGUCUGUGGAGAUCAGUUUUGCCUUAAAUUAGUUUGAGUCCACCCAAGGCCAUUGUGCUUAGUAUCAUGAGCACUUGUCAGCUCUCCAUUAGCAUGCAGUUCAUAACAGAGCUUCAAGCAGCAGCAGCACCCAGAGCUUUGAACCUCGCCCACUGUGCUCUGGGUGACUUGUAACAUUAAUAGGAAUAUCUUCUCAGUUCCCUGAUAGCAGCGGCAUGGCCAGAGCACUGCUGUGAGACAGUUCCCUGGCUGGAGUAUUCACCCAGUGUUAACUUUCUGAACAGUUGGGGGGUUCUUAUCCUUUUUUUUUUUUUUUAAUGGUGACUACAAAAGAUUAGAACAAAGGUUCUUUGGUUCAGUGACAAUACUCAGAUUAUUUCUAAGAAUUUUAGCGAUGACCUUUGUGUAUUGAAAAGCUUAUUUACCAUUAACAAAUACAGGAGAAACCUCUCCCCCUCCCCCAAAUGGAUGUAUUACUUGGAAUCGUGAUCUGAAAAGUGCUCUAGUUUAUUUCUUUUAACAGAAUUAAGCAGUUAAAUGUGGCUAUGGUUGAAAAGAUAGAAGAACAGCUUUUCUAGGCUGCACACAGAAGAGUACAGUUAUGCAGGUAACCACACUGAUUUACAUACGUGUUUGCCACUAAAAUCCAUUUUCUGCCCUUAUAAAUUCGAACACUGCUACUAAUAUGGUCAUAUAGGUUUCAUAUGCCUCUGUGUAUUACAAGUAAAAAAAAAAGUUUUUUCUCCUCAUUUUAAAAAGUUACUUUUCAUAAUAUGCUGACUUAAGCAUUUUAGAUCAGGGCAAGCUUAAUUAUGUAACUGUGUUGCCCAGGUUUUUAUUGGUGAAAUUCAAAUAUGAAGAUGAGAAAAAAUUCAAAAGGUUUGAGUAACAAAUUAGCAAGAAUUGCCUACAGUAAAGAGUAGGCAUUGAGAGGCUAUGCAGUAAUGGGUGGCAGUCUUUGGAUAUAUUGCUACACUGAUUUCACACUAUGCUGAAAUUGAUUCUAGCUAAAAAUUUGAUAAGAGUUUGGGUGUGAGAAGUUUUAUACUUAUGUAUGAAUCGUUUCUAAAUUCCUUUAGAUUGUAGACCUUGAUGUAACCCGAAAGGCAGAUGUCCUAUCCCAAGGAUAGCUGUAUUUUUCAUGGUUUUAAAUGAGCAACCAGAUAUUCAUUUCAUGAAAUAAUGUAAAUAUUAGAAAGUAAUAUGGAUAAAUGACAUAUAAAAGUGACAUUUCCAAAUGACAAUUCUCUGUAAUGCCUGUUGUCUGCUAAGAAGAAUCUAUCCCUGUGAAACAUUUGAAAGGUGCUGGAUUUGAAAGUACUAGAGUUUGUUACAUAAAUCAAGUUUCUCAGGAUAUUUGAGGUGAUACUGCCAUUUAUUUCUGUUAUAAUUUGGAAAAAAAUCAUUUCUUUUGUUACACUAUGAGGAAACUGCACACUUUAUUUGGUAAGAGUCCUUUAAGUUCAGUAACCUAGAGAUGAGUAUAAAACAAGUGUGGGAUCCCAGCGCUGGUCAGUUUACGGUCAGCCCACCCCUCAGUGGGGAGGUGUGAAGGAGAUCCCAGUGCUGGUCAGUUUAUGGUCAGCCCACCCCUCAGUGGGGGGUUGUGCAGUACAUAUUUUAUGGAGCUGAAUGGAACUUCAAUAGAAUAUCGUCCCUUGUCUGAGGAAAGACCACCUCAACCACAUGCCUAUCUAGAGAUUGAAUAAAACUGUGAGGAGACACUGUGUGGAUGCCUUAAGAUGGCUGGCGCUGGCUGCAGGGAACAAUCUAUUUCAGCUCAUCUUCAUAAAGCCCAAGAUGCUCCCGUGCAUAACCUUGUUGAAGAAAUGAGAAAUGCGGUGCUGGCUACUUUGAUGUGUCUGGGGAGGCUGGCGUCAUUGGUUACCAUCAUUAAGUCACUGUCCAGUGCCCAAGCCUUCCUUCACUACCACUCAUAUGUCUACAUCCAUUCAUUCAUCUAUGCAAGCUUGUGUUUUUGUGGUUUGUAUUUUACACCUGGACAUCAGGUUUAACAUUGGUGUUUUAAAUAAUUUUUAAACCAAAGUAUUUUAUGAGUAAGUCUAUGUGCUCUGUUUUUGUGAAUGUUUUGAGAUAAAUACCUAUCUUGUUUUCUCUUAAUAAAGUCAUCCAUUUAUUAAGUCAA